GUAGCUGAGGAAAAACCUUUGGCGGAGGUGAAGUACUGAGGCGGUAGGGUCAUCCGAGAGAAAAAUGCAGAGCUGGAGUCGCGUGUCCUGCGCCUUGGCCAAGAGAGGCCAUUUCAGUCGAAUACCUCAUGGCCUACAGGGGAUUUUUGCAGUGCCUCUGAGGACUUAUGCAGAUCAGCCAAUUGAUGCUGAUGUAACAGUUAUAGGUUCUGGUCCUGGAGGAUAUGUUGCUGCUAUUAAAGCUGCUCAACUUGGCUUUAAGACAGUCUGUGUUGAAAAAAAUGAAACACUUGGUGGAACUUGUUUGAAUGUUGGCUGUAUUCCUUCUAAAGCUUUAUUGAAUAACUCACAUUUUUAUCAUUUGGCUCAUAAAGAUUUUGCCUCUAGAGGAAUUGAAAUUUCAGAAAUCCGCUUGAAUUUAGAGAAGAUGAUGGAGCAAAAGAAUGGUGCAGUAAAGGCUUUAACUGGUGGAAUUGCUCACUUAUUUAAGCAAAAUAAGGUCACCCGUGUGGAUGGAUUUGGAAAGAUAACAGGCAAAAAUCAGGUUACAGCAACAAAAUCUGAUGGCAGCUCUCAGGUUAUCAAUACAAAGAACAUUCUCAUAGCCACAGGUUCAGAAGUUGCUCCCUUCCCUGGAAUCACGAUUGAUGAAGAUACAAUUGUAUCAUCAACAGGUGCUUUAUCCUUAAAAAAAGUUCCAGAAAAGAUGAUUGUCAUUGGUGGGGGAGUAAUAGGUGUGGAACUGGGUUCAGUUUGGCAACGACUUGGUUCUGAUGUGACAGCAAUUGAGUUCUUGGGUCAUGUUGGUGGCAUGGGAAUUGAUAUGGAGAUUUCUAAAAAUUUUCAGCGAAUCCUCCAAAAACAGGGAUUUAAAUUUAAACUAAAUACUAAAGUUACUGGGGCUACCAAGAAACCAGAUGGAAAAAUUGAUGUAGCAAUUGAAGCUGCUUCUGGUGGAAAAGCUGAAGUUAUCACUUGUGAUUUACUCUUGGUUUGUAUUGGCCGACGACCCUUCACCAAAAAUCUGGGACUAGAAGAACUUGGAAUUGAGCUAGAUCCCAAAGGUAGAAUCCCAGUCAAUAGCAGAUUCCAAACCAAAAUUCCAAAUAUCUAUGCUAUCGGAGAUGUAAUUGCUGGCCCCAUGUUAGCUCACAAAGCAGAAGAUGAAGGCAUUAUCUGUAUUGAAGGGAUGGCUGGUGGUGCUGUACACAUUGACUACAAUUGUGUGCCUUCAGUGAUCUAUACACAUCCUGAAGUUGCAUGGGUUGGUAAAUCAGAGGAGCAAUUGAAAGAAGAGGGUGUUGAGUACAAAAUUGGAAAGUUUCCUUUUGCUGCUAAUAGCAGAGCUAAGACUAAUGCUGACACAGAUGGCAUGGUGAAGAUCCUUGGUCAGAAAUCAACAGACAGAAUCUUGGGAGCACAUAUUCUAGGAGCAGGUGCUGGGGAAAUGAUCAAUGAAGCUGCACUUGCCUUGGAAUAUGGAGCAUCCUGUGAAGAUGUUGCAAGAGUUUGUCAUGCCCAUCCGACUGUAUCAGAAGCUUUCAGGGAAGCAAACCUAGCUGCAUCUUUUGGCAAAGCAAUCAACUUUUAAAACAAAAUGUCAUUGGCAUAUACUUCUGAAAUACCUGGCAGAUAUUUGUGGAGGGCUUCUCAUGCAGAAGGCUCACAACUCUGAGACUCUUUAGGACUGAAUUGAGUAAUGUUUUUGUUCAGACAGAAAAUAUUUAAUAAACAGGUUUGGAUGAAGCAGAAUGAUCCAGCAGCUAUAUAUUAAAUAAAUUUAAUAAUUAUU